AUGCCGCCGAAGUUCAAGUUGGCACGGGCCCGUGACUUGAAGCGAUUCCGGACGAUCCAUCCCACAAGAACACAAUCGAUGCCGCACUGCGCUACGCAGCCCGGGCUUACAGCGCGAUUGAAGGAGCUUCGUGUCGCUCAGGAUGAGCUGGAGGUCGACUAUCCGUAUAUUCUCCGUCGCAGUCAUAACGGUGCUUUUCGAAUUCCUUACUAUGAGAUUUACGGUGCAGGACCGCCGACAGCGUCCCUUUUAGGCGUCAACCCCGGCGAUGUUUAUGUUGACACAAACCAACAGUUCACGCUCUAUGGCUAUACAAAAGGUGGUUGGCAGCGGUGGCGUCUUGAGCUUGAGUUAAGUAAAGAGCUCGAGCUCUUCCCACUCGUCGAUGACGUGGUGGGUCCUUGUUCUGUCCAGUUUUCUCCGGUUCUUUGGCAUCCUUUCGCUCCUUCCUACUCUUUGGGGGUCGAUCGAUACGAACACUGCGCUCGCUGGAUUCGAAUCGCAGAUCUAUCGAGGUUCUCAUAUGACUUUACAUUCAAGGAGGUAGUGCCAACAGCCAAACUACGAAAUCUAGAAAUUCGGGUCCUUAAAGAGGUCAAGUGUCGAGCAGAAAGUACCCUCAAUUACCGGAUCCCCGCAGUCUCCUGGCCCUCAAAAGAGGUUCAGUCCGACCAGUUCUUCAACCAGGAAUGCGCUUCGAAUACUUUUAGCGGCUUCAAACAACCAAUGGACACCACUGACCAGAUGUCGCCUCUCUGUCAACGCGAAACCUGGCCUACUCCUUCGUUUGGGACGAUCACCGAGCUGAAGACCCAAAACCAGUACUGUCCUGCUCCGGGGCCCAUGGCAGUCGUCAAAAAGUCAUUCCGGACCAAAUUCCUCCCCGCGUCAUACCCACAUCCAGUCCAAGCGACACGAGCUCCAGGACCUCGUUCUCCAACCGCCAAUGAAUCGGAAUUUGCGCAUUUGUCGUACGAAAUAGCUUAUCAUGAGUUCUAUGGCAUCAGCGACCCAGAAACAGAGUUGUGUUGGUCGCAAGACGAGGCGCCGCAACAUGGAGACAUAUACCUUGACUGCAGGGCGGGGGAGUACAAGUUGUACGCUUAUAUUCCGUGUGGAGAGCCGAUGCAAGGGAAGUGGCGGCGCUGGGCGGACAGUGGACACGCCUUCCCCAAUCUUCGCUGGUCAGACGACACAGAGGGCUCCGUGAUCUUGCAUCCGGAUCUGGAGGGGUACGCAUUAUGGGUAACACUAGAGCAUGGAAUUGGCUGGUAUCGUGAUGUAGCUGUGGUGCUGAGGCUGGGUAGAGAGGAAGCGAUUCGAAUUGGCAUUAUUUCAGCAAGCAGAGGACCCAGAGUCAAAACAGAGGGAGAGCGCUACAAAGAUGCAGGGAGGAUACUAGAAUACGUUGUUGCAGGUUCGAUUGCUAUGGCAGACUAA